AACGGCGGCGCAACCAGCUGGGCGCCGGUCGGGCCCGGAGGAGCCGCCAUGAUCCCCCCCGCGGACUCCCUCCUGCGCUACGAGACGCCGGUGCUGGUCAGCCGCAACACCGAGAAGCGCUCGCCCAAGGCCCGGCCGUUGAAGGGGACCCCGCAGCUGACGGCGCCCGCGGGGCCCGUCUCGCCGCCCAAGGGCAAGGCGCCCUCGCCCUCGGUGGACCCCAGCAAGCAGGCCGAGGAGAUCCUCAACGCCAUCCUGCCGCCGCGAGAAUGGACGGAGGAGAACCAGCUCUGGGUGCAGCAGGUCUCCAGCACGCCCAGCACGCGCAUGGACGUGGUGCACCUGCAGGAGCAGCUGGACCUCAAGCUGCAGCAGCGCCAGGCGCGCGAGACCGGCAUCUGCCCGGUGCGGCGCGAGCUCUACUCCCAGUGCUUCGACGAGCUCAUCCGGCAGGUGACCAUCAACUGCGCCGAGCGUGGGCUGCUGCUGCUGCGCGUGCGGGACGAGAUCCGGAUGACCAUCGCGGCCUACCAGACGCUCUACGAGAGCAGCGUGGCUUUUGGCAUGAGGAAGGCCUUGCAAGCCGAGCAGGGCAAAUCCGACAUGGAAAAAAAGAUUGCAGAGUUAGAGGACGAGAAACGGGACUUGGAAAGACAGGUGAACGAACAGAAGGCCAAGUGUGAAGCCAUUGAAAAGAGGGAACUGGAAAGGCGGCAGGUUGAAGAAAAGAAGCACACGGAGGAGGUCCAGUUCCUGAAACGGACUAAUCAGCAGCUCAAGGCACAGCUCGAAGGCAUCAUUGCACCGAAGAAAUAAGCUUUGUCAGCCCAAUA